UGACAGAGUCCUGGCCACAAGGUAUCGUGUUUGGCUGUUUAGCACGGGCCGCAGCCGCCUGCACCCUUCCGCUAGCUGUCCCUUCCUUGGGUCCACCGCGGCCUCGGCAGCAUCAGCUGUUCCGUGCACGAGACGCUCCUUCAGGGUGUUGCUCAGCAUACGGACAAGGACUGAACAGACCUUGGGUGACUUCUGAGCCUGGACAUUUCAAGAGCCACUUCUGAGAAAGAAAACUUCAUUCUGUUGUGAAACCUCUGGUCCAGUGAUAAAAGGACCUGAUGUCUUCGAAAUCCCAGCACAACAUUCCCAAAUCCAAGAGUCCCAAUGGCAAGGCUGAAGCUCAAGGCCAAUGGGGCCGCGCCUGGGAAGUGGACUGGUUCUCUCUGGCCAGCGUUAUCUUCUUGCUGCUGUUCGCACCAUUUAUUGUGUACUACUUCAUCAUGGCAUGUGACCAGUACAGCUGCUCGCUGAUCGCUCCUGUGCUGGACAUGGCUACAGGCCAUAUUAGUCUGGCAGACAUCUGGGCCAAGACACCACCUGUGACAGCUAAAGCUGCCCUACUGUACACCUUGUGGGUCAGCUUCCAGGCGUUGCUUUACUCCUGGCUUCCUGACGUCUGCCACAGAUUUCUGCCAGGCUACAUUGGAGGCAUCCAGGAAGGUGCCAUAACUCCAGCAGGGGUUGUCAACAAGUAUGAGGUGAAUGGGCUGCAAGCCUGGCUCAUUACCCACCUCCUCUGGUUUGUGAACGCUUACCUCCUCUCCUGGUUCUCCCCUACCAUCAUCUUUGACAACUGGAUCCCACUGCUAUGGUGUGCCAACAUUCUGGGCUAUCUUGUGUCCACAUUCGCAAUGAUCAAGGGCUACCUGUUCCCGACCAGUGCCAAAGACUGCAAAUUCACAGGCAAUUUCUUCUACAACUAUAUGAUGGGCAUUGAGUUCAACCCCCGUAUCGGAGAGUGGUUUGAUUUCAAGCUUUUCUUCAAUGGACGCCCGGGGAUUGUGGCCUGGACCCUUAUCAACCUGUCUUUUGCUGCCAAGCAGCAGGAGCUUUAUGGGCAUGUGACCAACUCCAUGAUUUUGGUCAAUGUCUUGCAGGCCAUCUAUGUGGUAGACUUCUUCUGGAAUGAAACCUGGUACCUGAAGACCAUUGAUAUCUGCCACGACCACUUUGGGUGGUACCUGGGCUGGGGAGAUUGUGUGUGGCUGCCCUAUCUCUACACACUGCAGGGCCUGUACUUGGUGUACCACCCUGUGCAGCUUUCCACCCCCCACGCCCUGGGCACCCUGCUGCUCGGCCUGGUUGGUUACUACAUCUUCCGGAUGACCAACCAUCAGAAGGACCUGUUCCGCAGGACAGAUGGGCGUUGCCUCAUUUGGGGCAAGAAGCCCAAGGCCAUCGAGUGCUCUUACACAUCAGCCGAUGGGCAGAAGCACCACAGCAAGCUGUUGGUUUCAGGCUUCUGGGGUGUGGCUCGCCACUUCAACUAUACCGGUGACCUGAUGGGCAGCCUCGCCUACUGCCUGGCUUGUGGUGGCGGCCACCUCCUUCCCUACUUCUACAUCAUCUACAUGACUAUCCUGCUCAUCCACCGCUGCCUCCGUGAUGAACACCGAUGUGCCAACAAGUAUGGCCAUGACUGGGAGCGCUACACAGCCGCCGUGCCCUACCGCCUGGUGCCGGGAAUCUUCUGAGGGCCAUCCUGGGAAGCACAGGGAGGCUCUGUUGAUUGCGUGGAGUUGCACACAUGGCAUCCCACCUUUCCCAUGCUUGGGCCUCAGUUUGCUCAUCUGUUGAAUGGAGAGCCUGGUGCCCCACAGUGUCCCCCUGGCAGCAGCUAGAGAGUAGAGUUCACAUUGAGCCCCCAGCAGAAUGACUUGUUUUCUCUGUUUAGCAUCCUGAGGGCAGAGGACUUUCAAGUCUGUCUCUGUUGGGAGCCCACCAUCUGUUCUGUGCAGAUGGCUUAGGCUUACCAGAUGUCUCCCAGGAUUGGGCCCUCCUGGUAAAGGGGAGAUAAUGUUCUGCCAUGUUCUUCCCUUCCUGUUCUGCCAUGGUGGGCUGGGCCCCAUUUUUGUCUGUGGCAUGUGCAGUGUUGCUUGGCCAGCAGAGGGCCAUUCAGAACAAAGGCUUUUGUUUAGGUUCUUGUUUUCACCCUAGGAAUGCCAGGCAGGGAUCUGGGAUAUCCAGAGCCGUUGCCCACUACACAGCCCCUGGCUAACCUGGUGCUUCUUGUUUACCCCUGACACUUGGUUCUGAGGUAAACAGACUCACUCAGACAACUGAGAAAUGUAUCACCAGCCAGUGGCCUCAGCCACACCUUCCUAACCGGGGUUCCGGUGGUGGGGAGGGAGCCAUUCUCAUUAGGGACACUGCCCCCCCCCCCCAAAAAAAAAAAACUCAGGGUAUUCUGUAAAACUAGAUAGGAACCUCUUAGCCUUGGAGAUGAUUGUUUAUAUUAAAUCUGUCUUGUUGAAUGAGU